AUGAGAAAUCACACAACAGUGACAGAGUUUAUUCUUCUCGGGUUGACAGAUGACCCACAGUGGCAGGUUGUACUUUUCAUAUUUCUUCUUGUUACCUACAUGCUCAGCGUGACUGGGAACCUGAUCAUUAUCACCCUCACCCUUACAGAUCAUCACCUGCAGAUUCCAAUGUAUUUCUUCCUUCGAAACUUCUCAUUCCUAGAAAUAUCAUUCACAUCUGUCUGCAUUCCCAGAUUCCUUGUCACUAUCAUGAUGAGGGACAGAACCAUUACCUACAACAGUUGUGUGAGUCAGCUAUUUUUCUUUAUCUUCUUGGGGGUGACAGAGUUUUACCUUCUGGCUGCCAUGUCCUAUGACCGCUACGUGGCCAUCUGCAAACCUCUACAUUACAUGACCAUCAUGAGCAACAGAGUGUGCUUCCUUCUCGUCUUUAGCUCAUGGCUUGCAGGAUUCUUGGUCAUCUUUCCACCAGUAAUGCUGCUGCUGAAGUUGGAUUUCUGUGACUCCAAUAUAAUCAAUCAUUUUAUCUGUGACUCUUCUCCAAUUCUACAGCUUUCUUGUACAAACACUCGCUUUCUAGAACUCAUGGCAUUUUUUUUAGUGGUGGUAACACUUAUGGUCACCUUAACACUAGUUAUUCUCUCUUACACAUACAUCAUCCGGACAAUUCUGAGAAUUCCUUCCACGAGUCAAAGGAAAAAAGCCUUUUCCACUUGUUCCUCCCACAUGAUAGUGGUCUCCCUCUCCUAUGGUAGCUGUAUCUUCAUGUACAUUAAGCCUUCCACAAGGGAAAGGGUGACUUUAAAUAAAGGAGUAGCUGUGCUUAAUACCUCAGUGGCUCCUCUCUUGAAUCCUUUCAUAUAA